UCACGGCGCCUCAGAGUCUCAACCGAGUUUGAGAGAAACGGGAGACUUGAGGGCUCAAGAGUCUCAACCGAGUUUGAGAGAAACGGGAGACUUGAGGGCUCAAGUCGCCAUGUACCUGGGGAUCAGAAAGGGGAAAUUAAAGACGGUAAGCCCCGCUCCCUCAGAUUCACUUGGAAUAUGAGAACCACCAGCUCCAUGGAGCCCUGCGACAUCAUGAGGGAGAUCCGCAAGGUGCUCGACGCCAACAACUGCGACUACGAACAGCAAGAGAGUUUCCUGCUCCUCUGCGUCCAUGGCGACGGGCGGGCCGAGAACCUGGUCCGGUGGGAGAUGGCGGUCUGCAAGCUCCCCCGUCUCUCCCUGAACGGCGUCCGCUUCAACAGGAUAUCCGGGUCGUCCAUCGCUUUCAAGAACAUUGCUUCCAAAAAAGCCAACGACUUAAAACUAUGAACAAAAGGACUUAAAA